AUGUCAUCAAAACAAGGUAAACAGUCUAACCUUCCCCCAAUCAACCUUAUAUUUAAAUUUUUGCAACAACAAUCUUUGGUUAAUAUAUGGUUAUAUGAGCAAACACAAUCUAGAAUACAGGGGAAAAUAAGAGGAUUUGAUGAAUUCAUGAAUAUUGUCAUUGACGAUGCAGUAGAAAUAUGUAAUGGUAAUAAAGAAGAAUUAGGAAGAAUUCUAUUGAAAGGUGAUAAUAUUACAUUGAUUUCGAGUUUAGACGUAUAG